GUUACAGAAACAGCAGUAGCAAACAACCCUCAACCACGGUACUCCAAGGCUAGCUGCAGUAACCCCAGCAGACAAGCUCCCAGCAACAGGCAAUCGCAGCCGUAUCGCGUAAUCCACAAAGACGCGGCACACUUCACCAUGUUCCCCACCACCCACCCUUGAGCCACCCCAACGUCGCCUUCUCAACACCAGCCUUGGAGAACGCGUCAAUCGCGACCUUCUAUACCUCCUCCACUACGCUUCCUACACACCCUCGACAAUACACCGCAAUGUCCACAUCCACCAAUCGUCCCCUCGCGGUGCCCAAAUCGCGAGUCGCCGCCCCGAAACCAACAACAGGCAAACACCCAUCUCGAGCCAGCAUAUCAGACCAAGGAGCAGAAGAACAAGACCUCCCCUACGAAGAGCGCGAGAUAAGGAAUCAAGCCGCUCGCGUGCUGGCUAAUGAUGAAAUGUUGCUUUGGCUGAGCAGACAGAGGAAUGAGUCGGUACUCCAAACACGGAUUUACUGCGAAGCGAGAGCUGCGGGACUGAAAGACGACAUGUUGAAAUUCGACUAUGCGAUGGAUCUGAGUGAGGAGAAUAAGAUCAGUGCGAAGAGCCCUGCUGCAAAAGGCACCGCGCGUGUGGUUUCUGGGUCUGGCAAAAACCCAGGGUCACCGGCGAGUAGCAAGAAAGAUAGGGAAAGAGAACGAGACAGAGGGAGAAGAAGCACUGGAUCUGCCAGGUGAAAAGAGACGAGGAGAAGACAUUUCGUGCGUUUUGGAUUUUCAUGAUACCCCUUUGGUAAUUGCUUUCAUACACUUGUUUGCCGUUAUAGUUCGUUGUCAAUGAAGACGUUCUAGAUAUAUACUUGCAGUCUUGACUGCGUUGCGGCUCAGCCCACCAAGGCAGCCUUUCCACCACCGUAUUUGCCCUGUGGUCCGUCAAGAUGUGCGUCCAGCACAGCGCAGGUACCGCCUUUGACCGCCUCAAUGGCUUCGGGAAGCAGUCUUGCCAAUUCAUCAACA